CUCAGCGAACCAGACUUAGUUUUAAUCAGACUUUUUAACAUUUGCUAUCUAGUAGCAAUUUAGGGGUGCACUAAAGGGUGAAGAAGUAGUUUUAGUCAACAGUUCUCCUCUCAGUGAUUCAGUUUCGACUUCUGUGCUGUUUAUUAGACCAUGGGGAAAUGCUGCAAAGUCAGCAAGCUGUGCAUACUGUUUGUGGUCUUAGCCCUGAUCUCCAUAGCAACCAUUGUCACGUUGUGGACUAUUGCCCUGACAGGAGGAGAUGAUAUUGAUGACGUCACAGCUCCUUGGGACAGCUAUCGCCUCCCCACUGAUUUGGUCCCUGAUUACUACAACAUCACCCUGUGGCCUCGUCUCAGCCGUGACCCAAACACUGGCCUCUACAUUUUUACAGGCCGAUCCACUGUGGAGUUUAAGUGUGUGAAGGAAACAGAUCUGAUCCUGAUUCACUCCAACAAACUCAACUACACCACACUUGAUGACACACACACUGCCAGACUCAUCGCCUCAGGUGGUGGGUCUGCUCCCAGUAUUAAGUCCUCCUGGUUGCAGCUUAAGACCCAGUAUCUGGUUAUCCAGCUGAAUGGUAAAUUAAGUCAAGGACAGAAGUAUCAGCUGUACACUGAGGUCACUGGAGAACUAGCUGAUGACUUGGAGGGCUUUUACCGGAGUGAAUAUGAAGAAGAUGGAGUUCAAAAGAUUGUGGCCACCUCUCAGAUGCAUCCAACUCAUGCCAGAAAGACCUUCCCUUGUUUUGAUGAGCCGGCUAUGAAAGCUGUUUUCUAUAUGACUCUCAUCCACCCUGCUGGAACUGUAGCCCUGUCCAAUGGCAUGGAAAGAGAUAUUGUUAACAACACUAUUGAUGGAGUAGCUGUGACACAAACCACGUUUGAACCCACCAAGAAAAUGUCCACCUAUCUGCUGGCCAUUGUCAUCUCUGACUACAUACACCUCAAUGCUACACAAGGAGAUACUCUGAUCCGUAUCUGGGCUCGCAGGACGGCCAUUGAGCAGGGACAGGGAAACUACGCCCUCAAUGUGACUGGACCCGUACUGGACUUCUUCCAGUUGUACUACAACAUCUCCUACCCUCUGAACAAGUCAGAUCAAAUAGCUCUGCCAGACUUCUAUUUUGGUGCCAUGGAGAAUUGGGGUUUGGUGACAUACAGAGAGACCAACCUUCUCUAUGACCCUGUGACCUCCUCCAACAGAAAUAAAGAGACCACUGCCACCAUCAUUGCUCAUGAACUAGCACACAUGUGGUUCGGUAACCUGGUGACUCUGCGCUGGUGGAAUGAGGUCUGGCUGAAUGAGGGCUUUGCUACAUAUGUUUCCUACCUGGGAGCGGACCAUGCUGAGCCUUCAUGGGACGUGAAAGACUUGAUAAUACUUGAUGACGUCCACAGGGUGUUUGCAGUCGAUGCUUUGACCUCCUCUCAUCCACUGUCUUCUAAAGAAGACAGUAUUAUUCUACCAGGCCAGAUCACUGAGCAGUUCGAUGCCAUCUCAUACAGCAAGGGUGCAGCAGUGCUGAGGAUGCUGUCUGAUUUCCUCUCAGAGCCGGUCUUUGUCCAGGGGCUCAGUAUGUACCUCAAAGACUUUGCUUACAGCAACACUGUAGGGGAUGAUUUGUGGCACCAUCUACAAAUGGCAGUGAAAGCCAAUAAUGUUUCACUUCCUUAUCCAGUUGAUGACAUCAUGAAUCGCUGGGUGCUUCAGAUGGGUUUCCCUGUAGUUACCAUAGAUACUAGCACAGGAAAGGUAUCCCAGAAGCACUUUCUCCUGGAUCCAGAGUCUAACGUCACAAUCGAAUCACCCUACAAGUAUGAGUGGCUGAUUCCUGUUAAGUGGAUGAAGGUCGGUGAGGUCCAGAGAGACAUCUGGUGGCUGAUGGAAAAAGAAGCUGUAAACCUGGAGAUGAGGUCAAGUGAUUUUUGGGUUCUGGCUAACAUUAAUGUGACUGGAUAUUACCGGGUGAACUAUGACCUGGGAAACUGGGAACGCCUCUUCAUUCAACUUAAUUCAGACCACCAGGUUAUACCAGUGAUAAACAGAGCCCAGCUUGUGGAUGAUGCUUUCAAUUUAGCCAGGGCUCAGAUGGUCUCCACCUCUCUUGCUCUGAGGACGACCCUCUAUCUGUCUGUGGAGACAGAAUACAUGCCCUGGCAGUCUGCUCUGGAUAAUCUUGGAUAUUACUACCUCAUGCUAGACCGUACUGAAGUCUAUCAGCCUAUGCAGGAUUACAUGAGGAAACUGGUGACUCCCCUCUUCCUGUACUUCAAAAACAUGACAUCAGACUGGACCCAUGUUCCUGACAGACACACUGAUCAGUAUAACCAAGUGAAUGCCAUACGUAUGGCCUGCAGGACUGGAGUAACAGAAUGCCAGAACCUGACCACCACAUGGUUCAAACAAUGGAUGGAGAACCCCCAACACAAUAUGAUCUAUCCCAACUUGCGUUCAGCAGUGUACUGCAGUGCCAUGGCAGCAGGUGAUGAGGCAGAGUGGGAGUUUGGCUGGUCACAGUUCAAGAAGGCUACUGUAGCCAGCGAGGCCAGCAAACUCAUGUCUGCAUUGGCCUGUACCAACAAGACACAGCUGCUGGAAAGGUAUCUGUCUUAUACCUUAAACUCAACUAUGAUCCGUAAGCAGGACGCAACCUCUGUCAUCACAUCCGUCGCCAGCAACAGAGUGGGACAGAGUCUGGCAUGGGACUUUGUCAGGGAGCAUUGGGAAUACAUGUUCACACAAUAUGGCGUGGGCUCUUUCUCCUUUGCCUCUUUGAUCAGUGGGGUCACUGCAAGGUUCUCUACACCUGCUGAACUGCAACAGCUGGAGGAGUUUGUGGAGAAGCACGGAGCAGCAGAGUUUGGAUCUGCCACACUGGCUGUGAAGCAGGCGUUGGAGAGGACAAGAGCUAACAUCAAAUGGCUGCAGCAGAACAAACAGGGGAUCUGGGACUGGUUCAACAGUCAAACUGGACAUUAGCUGAGAAAGGCACAGUGAAAACACAGUCAAUGAUAAGAGCCACCAGAGUUUAGAGAAACUGGGUAGAACAUAAAGACAUAAAGAUACACUACAUUUCUAUAGUAACAGAUUAACAAAGCUACUUCUUUAAAUUGGGAAAUUUGGACUAACCUGGUUUGUAUGAGGGAGAAAAACUCUUAACUAUUAACACAUUGGCAUGCCAUUUGCAUGGUAACAUUUAACAUUAUUCUAUAUAGUGUAUUUAAGGUUUUUGCUUGUCAACUUCUUGUGUGUAACGGUUGCCAUGAAAUCCUCGAGAACCUGAUCUGUUGAAAUGUCGUUUUAACAAUUAAUAAAAUGUGACUUAAA